UUAAGAACAUAUGAGAUGAGCUUGUCCGCAGGAACCUAUGGAAGGUUCCUUAUCCGGAAAAGGAGUGUAUUUUUUUUAACCAGAAUUACGCGUUUAUCGAUCUUCCAACAAAUGGAUGUCAAAUCGGAAGAAGAGAAGAGCCCUGAAAAGCUUCCACCGGAAACUGAAGAAGGCGCAGAUGAUGCCAAACAAAAUGGAAAGGAAAAUGCGUCAUCGUCGGGGAAAUAUCCAGUGCAAGUAUUCAUCAUCCUGUUCAUGGAAGUGCUGGUCAUCUACUCGUGGUAUGGAAUGAAAGUUGUUCUCCAUGAUUAUUUGGAGCUUGAAAGAGGAUUCAACAAGAACGUCGCCACAGCAAUUUACCAUGCCUUUGCUUUGGUCAGCUAUUUCCUGACCCUGGCCGGAGGGAUUCUGGCUGACAGCUACUGGGGAAGAUACAAGACCAUUGUUUUAUCAGGAAUCUUGUACAUCAUUGGGCACCUCAUAUUGUCCGCAUCUGAUUUCCCUGGGCUCAACAAUUUCGCGAGGACAUUGACAAUAGUGGGACUAGUGGUGAUUUCUCUGGCCGCUGGAGGAGUGAAGGCCAAUGUGUCCUCUUUAGGAGCUGAGCAGUUCAAGUUGCCUGAGCAGCAGCGCCAUCUGGAUAAGUUUUUCUCUGUCUUCUACUUCACAGUCAACUUUGGUGCCAUCAUUGCCCAAACAUCGGCGCCGUUGCUCAAGUCUAAAAUACAUUGCUUUGGAGCCACCACUUGCUAUGCUGCUGCACUCGGGGUUGCUGCUCUGUUUGCCAUCUUCACCCUAAUUGUAUUUUUGGCUGGAACACCGUUGUACAUCAGAGUCCCGUGCUCGGAAAACAUCUUCUGGAAAUUCGUCAAGUGUGUGUUCGCAACUGAUCCUUGGCUGCCGACGUCGGAAACAUCAGGCUACGUUCUUGUGAACACCUUGAAUGAAAAAGUGCCAAUUUUUGUGCCCAUUGGGGACGCCAUGAACCAGUUGGAACUGCCACCGCGUGGAGUACUGCGUAUUGAUGAAUUGGAAGCUGGGAAACCAUACCCCCUUUCUACCUCUCCAGGUGGGCCAGCAUUUGUGACUCAUGCUGGGAUUGGUGGACAGUGUCAAACAGCUGUUGUCCAAGGGUCAGCUGGAAACCCCACUGUGACUCCCAUCCCUGGUCCUGAUCUGGUGGAGAGAGCUGCCAAGUACUGCGAUGUGAGAGUGAUCAGUCCCAAUGCGGAAGCAGCAAAAGUUGAGCUGAUUAGUGGCGGAAAGCCGGAAUUCACGCUGGAAGUUCCUGCAGGUUCAAUUGCGAGUCCUUAUCUGAAUGGCGUGCCAAUUGAAAGAUACGACGUGAAGAUCAAUGGAAACAAUGCUGGGGCUCGAAGAUUUGACAUGGGAUCCGUUAGUUCUAUUCUUCUGAAUCCAGAUAUGGCACCUCCAACCAUGAAAUCUGUCAUGGCUGGUAUUUGGCUUUCUACAACUGGAAUUGGAAACCUCAUUACAUCGUUAAUUGCUGCAACCAGUGCAUUUGCUAUUCUGUGGUGGGAGAUGCUGUUCUACACCAUUUUGAUGCUGAUAGUUCUUGUGGUGUUCGUUGCCAUCGCACACUUUUACGUUUAUUACAAAUACAGAGCUCAAAAAAUUGAAGCUGAUGAAAAUGUGGACGGAAACAUGAGCAAUAAUCCAGUUAGAAGGUUUUCUGAAGGAGCAGCAUCUACAUUGAUUGGCGCGUCGUCGAUUAUUCAACUGUACCGCCGCGAAGCAGUCACGAUGUUGAAGGCAUUCACGAAGCAUCAAGUUCUGUGUGCGUUUAAUCUUCCGAAGUAUGAUGCGUCUUCUAGAAUUCUGGGUGCACGAUCUGGACUGAAACUGUACGGAAACUCUGUCUGUGCGUUGCUCUGCACGAGGGGCGAAUCAGUUGAGAAAUUACUGUCUGCAUGCUCCUGUUAUUAUCACGUUCUGGUUUUUCCUCGUUACCCGCAGUAUGCGGACAUCGAAAUUCAAGGGGCCCGUCCGGAUCAGCUUCGCCCGAAGCCCGACCCGGAGAAGCUUUUGUUCGGUAAGCAUUUUACUGAUCACAUGCUCUCCGUUGAAUAUUCCAAGGAACUCAACGGCUGGGGUCGACCUCGAAUUACACCCGUUGCGCCGUUGCAGAUCCAUCCCGGUGCUAAAGUGCUACAUUAUGCGACAGAGUUGUUUGAGGGAAUGAAGGCUUAUCGUGGGAUUGACCACAAGAUCAGGAUAUUUCGUCCCGACAAAAAUAUGGCUCGUAUGAAUGCAACAGCGAAACGCGCCGGCCUUCCAACGUUUGACGGAGUCGAGCUCAUCAACUGUAUCCGGAAGCUCAUCAAAGUUGACCAGGAAUGGGUUCCACACAGCGACUCGUCUGCGCUUUACAUUCGUCCUACUCUCAUCGGAACUGAGCCGACGUUGGGAGUAACGAAGUCUUCCAGCGCUCUCUUGUACGUGCUUCUCUGUCCCGUCGGUCCUUAUUUUUCCACGGGUUUACGAGCGAAUUUGCUUGCGGAUCCGAAGUUUGUUCGUUCCUGGCCAGGUGGCUGUGGUGACAAGAAAAUGGGGUCAAACUACGACUCAGGUCGUACCUAUCUUUACGAGGUCCUGUUAUUUAAAUGCUUUAUUAGCGAAAAAAUACGCGGCAUUUUUUCAGCUUUCCAAUACAGUACAGAGGAAACGCAAGCUGGCGAAUCUAAGACUGCUGUCGCUUGUUUCAUGCCGACGUUGGGAGUAACGAAGUCUUCCAGCGCUCUUUUGUACGUGCUUCUCUGUCCCGUCGGUCCUUAUUUUUCCACGGGUUUACGAGCGAAUUUGCUUGCGGAUCCGAAGUUUGUUCGUUCCUGGCCAGGUGGCUGUGGUGACAAGAAAAUGGGGUCAAACUACGCGCCCACUAUUGAUAUCCAGCGACAAGCGGAGGAGCAAGGGUUCCAGCAAGUUCUGUGGCUUUUCGGCCCCGAUCACCAGAUCACGGAAGUUGGAGCCAUGAACUUGUUUAUAGUUCUCAAGGGCAAAGAUGGACAAGUCGAGUUGGUGACAGCACCCUUGAAUGGACUGAUUUUACCUGGAGUGGUUCGGGAUUCUAUCCUAACGCUUGCCCGGGAAUGGGGUCGCUUCAAAGUCUCUGAGCGCAUUAUUACCAUGCCACUUCAACAAUAUUGGAUAAAAGAAUACAAUUUUUUGACAAUGACUCAGCUCUUGGAGAUCUUCGGAUCGGGAACCGCAGCCAUCGUUUGCCCAGUGGAGACCAUCAAGUACGAGGAGCAUUUAAUCCGCGUUGAGCCCCGGGAGAACAGUCUGAGUUCUCAAUUCCGCACUGCGUUGAAUGACAUUCAAACUGGACGCGUGGAUCAUCCCUGGGCCUGGCACUUGAACGUUGACACGGAACGCGACCACGCAGUCCAGUGGCGGGGCGACCUCGAGCAAGCUGAGCCCCAGCGGCCGACUCAGCUACUUGAGCAGGACAAGACCGUCCGAAAUCAAAGACGCUUGACACCGGAAAAAAAGGCGUGCGUACUUCUCGAUUUUCGAAGAAGACGCGAGAUUGCUACGUAUCUCGGCGGAUUGACUUCGAGAAAAAGACCUGUUGGUGUUGACAUGCAACAAAGAAAAAAAGAAAGAAAGGAAUUGGAAGUUCAGGUCGCUGUUUCGUCGUUCUGA